GUAAUGGCUACAUCGAGGGGAAGGAGUUGGAUAAUUUCUUCCGUGAACUGGAGGCGGCGAGGAGAGGGAAUCGUGCGGAUCCCUCCAACGUGGCGUUUAGAGAGAAGCUGAAGGAGUUUAUGCACAAGUUUGACAAGAACGCCGAUGGCAAGAUCGAGAUGUCCGAGUUGGCCCAGAUCCUCCCGACUGAAGAGAACUUCCUGCUCACCUUCCGCAUGUUCGUCGGAUCCAGCACUGAAUUCAUGGAGGCCUGGAGGAAACAUGACGAGGACCGCAGUGGCUACAUUGACUCCAACGAGCUGAAGGGCUUCCUCUCCGACCUGUUGCAGAAGGCCAACCGACAAUACGACGAGAAGAAACUCAACGAGUACACACGUACCAUCCUGAGGAUGUUCGAUCUGAAUGGAGACGGGAAACUCGGACUCUCAGAGAUGGCCAGACUCCUCCCACCCGAAGAGAACUUCCUGCUCAAAUUCCAGAGUAUCACUGUGUCUGCAGAGCAGUUCCAUUCCAUCUUCAACUACUACGACAAAGAUGGCAGCGGUUACAUCGAUGAGCAAGAGCUGGACACUCUCCUCAAGGACCUGUUUGAGAAGAACAAGAUGGUGGUGGAUGCUAAGACUCUCGGUGGUUACAAGAAGAGCAUCAUGGCGUUGUCUGAUGGAGGGAAACUCUAUCGCACGGAGCUGGAGAUCGUCAUCUGCAAGGACCCCUCAGUCUGACCAAUCGGAGAAGAGAUCCUGUCCCAAUUCUCCAAUCAAAACACAGAUCACGCCCCCCCCGUCCUCCAAUCACCGCAGCUUUAGGUGCAUGUGCUGGUUAGCCCCUCCCCCUUCUUCUGUCUCUCUCUCACCCAAUAGCGUGAUAUCCCUGGCCACUGAUAAAUUAGCCACCCCCCAUAGAAUGAUGUCAUUGCGUGAUGCCAUAAUGUGAUGUCAUGGCAACUGAUUAAUAAACCCCGCCCACCCAUACAUGCCCCUCCCACUCUGCUCUCUGAUUGGUGCUUGUUGAUGCUCGUGUUUUUUAAAGAGUUUUGGACAUGACUGUGUUAGAAAUGAAGUUAUAAAGAAUUAAAAAUUAUAUAGAAAUAUAACAAAUAUAUAUCACCUUCUUUUA